AUGUUGCAAGAAAAAAAGAUGAAACGUUUUGGAAUGGAACCAAUCUGGACGUCCCACGACACUAGAAAUGUUGUCUUAGCUAGUUUAGUACCUGGUACAACUGCUUUAACAGCAUUUGCCGUUUUCGCUAAGGAUCGUCAAGUUGUCGACUGGUGGUCUCAUGCAAAAAAACCUGACUGGGCUCCCACAAACCCUGCGAUUUAUUCUGUAUUUGAUAUUCUAACGCUGAGUCCUUUGGGAUACGCAUCUUAUCUUGUUUACAAAAAUGGAGGAGGCCUUCAUUACAAUGAUACAAAGUUUGCCUUGGGAAUAUAUGGCCUAAAUAUGAUUUUCGCUCUUACAACAAUUCCUCUGAUCAAAAAAAGAAGUUUUCUUUACUUAUUUCGAAACACUGUACUUCUGAAUGCAACAGCAAUUGGUGCAGCUUACGCAUUUUAUGGGAUUGAUAAGACUGCUGGUAAACUCUUGAUUCCUUACGCAAUUUGGACCGGGUUUUAUGCUUUUCUUACCUAUGCCAUGAAUAAAGAAAACGCAUCACAUCAUUAG